AACAAAAGUUGUUAUUAUCUGUUUUUUAUCAUCGGUCAAAUGCGAAUUAGACUUUUCACAGAAAUCGAUAGACAUGAAUCUAUCGCUAACAAGGUGUAUUCUUCGUGCAACUCGCCAGUUUCACAAAUUUGAUGAUACUGUUUACAUUCGUCCCGUAACUGAUGAAUCGAAUCCGUCAGUUGAUGAAUUGGAUGUGAUUUUAUUACCGGCACUAAGUCGAUCUAAUAAAACGAUUCGAAUACUGACCAAUUCCACACACUCGCGGAACGCUGUUGAGCAGAAACCUGGAGCAAUUCUAGUGCAUUUUUUGGAGAAGGAAGAUUUGAACGUGCAACUUGCACUGUUAAAAAAGAAAUGGAUGUUAAAUCGCCACGGAAAAUUUCUCUUCAUUUCCACAACGAUUUUUAACGAUUCUUUCGACAUUGCCAGCUAUUUCUUUGACAUCCUGUGGAAGGAGAAUAUCCUAAAUUUUUACAUUUUACUUGCCCGUCCAGAUCGGGAUGCAGCGUUUUCCGUUUUCUCCUGGGAUCCGUACGCAAACGGCAAAUGCGGAAAUCCCUUGGACAAAACCUUAUACGACUGUGUAUCGUGCACUUAUGGAAAAACCGAUAAACCGGUCAAUUGGUUUACAAAGAAAAUACAUAAAAACUGUCCAAUCCACGUUAAAUACAUUAACAAUCCCCCGUACGUCAUGGAAAUGAACAGUCUGCAAGGUCUAGAUGUAGACAUAUUAUCGAUAAUAGGGGAAAAGUUAAAGCUCAAUUUCACAUACGAAAAAGUUUCUGCCACUGAGGUAGGUUCCGUGAGCGAAAACAAUCAAUUUUCUGGUGUUUUCAGGGAAUUGAGAAACGGCUCUGUGGAUGUGAUAAUCGGCGGAUAUGCAAAGCAACUCUCCUAUUUAAAAUAUUUCGAUUUCAGUCAAGAAUAUACCGGAGACGCAUUGAUUUUAUGCACUCCCGACGUACCAUUGAAGACCUACGAUGAAGGAUGUAAUCGAAAGACAGAAGGCCGCUAUAUGUCUCAACAACCUUUUCAAAAAGUACAUGGUUAA